CAAGCUGUAUCGGCCUCCGGCGAUGAGGGGAGUAGUGGGCCGUCGCCUUCGGUGCCGGCCAAGGGCAUCGCCGGUGGCCGACGUGAUGAGGGACAAGUCGACGUGGGAUUGAAGCCGACGUCGCUAGGGGAGGAGCAGGUCGAAGCGCAGCAGCCGACAGGGGAGCAGGCAGCAGUGAAAUCGACCACGGAGCAUUCGGCAACCGGGCAGUCGGCAGGAAAGCCGACCACAGGGGAGAAGCUGGCCAGGAAGUCGACUGAGGUGCAGAAGGACGACGAGGGGGAGGACGCCGAGGAGUCCACCAAGAGUGACGUGGUGGAGGUUCCGCCUGAACCCCGGAAGUCAGGCCGACUUCGGAGGCCACCCGACUUUUUCGUCCCCGCUGCCUUCACCACGGUGUACGACGUGAACGACGACGACCUGGCGUAUGACGACGCCGAGGAGGAUGAGGAGUUUCCGGAGCUCGACCCCGACAUGCAUGCCGACCCCGAGCACCACUGGGACAUCUCGACCAUGACGGUGAAGGAGGCGUUGGCGAGCUGGAAGGGCCCGGCGGUGAAGGCCGCCAUGGAGGAGGAGAUCCGCAGCCUCAUCAGCAUGGGGACUUGGGACGCGAGAAGGCGAGGCUGGUUGUGA